AAGAGUAUCAAUCGUUUCCAAUCCUCCGAAUCAGCGAGUACUGGUUUUUAUCCAGCAGCGCAGAAAUAAUCAAGUGUCAAGUAUCAAAUAUGAAGGCCUUUGUCGUCGUUGCGUCCCUGUUGGCUGUGGCUUCUGCCUCGACCACCAUCCUUGCGGCUCCCCGUUGGUACGGAUACGCUCCGGCGGCCACGUACUACGCUGCCCCAGCGGAACUGUCCAGCCAGUACCACGCCCAGGAUAGCCUCGGACAAUACUCAUAUGGAUACAACGGAGGAUUGUCGGCCAAGGCCGAAACCAAGUCGUUCGACGGAGUGACCCGCGGAUCGUACAGCUACCUGGACGCCGAGAACAAGCUGCAGACUGUCUCGUACACCGCUGAUGCCCUCAACGGAUUCCGCGCCCAGGCCAGCAACCUGCCCCAGGCUCCGGUCGAGACUCGUGUGGCUCCCGCCCCAGUUCAGGACACCCCCGAAGUCGCCAAGGCCCGUGCUGACCAUCUGGUCGCUGUUGAGGAAGCUAAGGUGCGCAACGCCAACGCCGCUUCCAGCGAUGAGAGCGCUAUCAUUGUGAGUGCUGCCCCAGCUGCCGUUGCCCCAAUUGCGCCAAUUGUCCCCCAAAUCGCCACCUAUGCCGCCCCAAUUGCUCUGGCCCCAGCUUCCGGAUUUGCCUACUCGCACUCGACCGUUAACCUGAAGCCGGAAGUGUACGCCGCCGCCCCAGCUCCAGUCGCCACCAUUGCUGCCGCUCCGGCCUCUUUCGCUUACCAGACCUACUCCGCUGCUGCCCCUGCCCUCUACAACACCUGGAGCCAAGCCCCAGCUUACGCUUACAGCUACGGUGCUCCGGCUUUCUACGCCGCCAACACCGCUGCCGUUCCCCUGCCCGUUCAGGACACCCCUGAAGUCAUGCAGGCUAAGGCCGAACACUUCGCUGCUGUCGCUGAGGCCAAGGCCCGCAACCUGCAGUAAAUCUGUAGGCCACGUGGACGUGAUACUACCGUACCGUAACCUACACCAAACACAGGACCUGAUUUCCGCAAAUUUUCUCCGGAUUAUGCCGAUUCCGUUGUUCGGAACCGUCUACUGACUAACAAAAAAACCAUCCACCGCAAUGUGUGUAAAAAUGUAUAAAAAAGUCUUUUUGUUUAACGAUAGUUGAAACGAUUGAGUUAUGUAGUACUGCAAAAUAUAUUUUGAAAUAUGAAA